AUGAAGCAGAAAAUCAAAAACAAAAUCGCAGCAAUAUACGAGCUCUCGGGGCUAUCCAGGAUCAACCUCACCCUGGAACCCAUCCGCCAGAAGCUCUUCUCCUCGACCGACCAGAUAUCCACACUCUUAGAACUAUGCUACUCCCUCGCCCGAAUUUCCCCCGGCUGGUCGUCGAGCUCCGGGUUUCUGCAGGAGAAACACUUCCAGCAAUCGCCCAUCAAACUCAAAAUCAAAACCCUGGGGAACAAAGUCGUCAAAUUGAUGCUGCCUGCCAGCACGCAGAGGAGUCCUGGGCCUUGUGUUCGGGAGGGGUACCAACUAGGAGAUGGGUGUAACUUUAAUGGCUUCAUUUCCAUGUUACCUGAGAGCUGCCGUGACAUCUCCCAGAAGGCUAGUCCACUGGGGCUGGUCUCAAUGCUGUUUCCGUAUGGGAAGACAGAGGAGAAUAUGAGAUAUGUUGCAUGCUGCUUCUGGAUUUGGUUAUGCGUUAUUGACGAUCUGACUGAACAUCUCGUUGGGGAAGAAUGGGAACAAACCGAAUCCGACCUAAUGCUAGUAUUCAACACACCCAGAGAUUCCAUGGACUGUCUUUACUACUUCAACAAAGACAGUGACGCCGUCAAAGUAUCCCACGCACUCCGCACCGUCAUCGACGAAACCUCCAUCUACUACCAAUCCGGGGUCGUUUCCGCUCCAUGGAAAGUCGCUUUCAACAAUGCAGUCAAGGAGGUCAUCGCCGGGUUCAAGGCCGAGAGACCGCUUCUUUCAGCUGACAGAAUUGAACUGUCUGACUGGAUGCCCGUGAGGAUGAUUACAAUUUCUGUACGCCCAUUCAUGAUCCUCGCAAAGGCAAGCCUAAACCUCGACCUCACAAUGUCCAACUUCGGCAACCCACUACGUGAAGACCAAACACCAGCCUCCGACCACCGCCGUGGCUACGAUGCUACUCUAUCAAAGGUUGAACGCCUCCUCCAACUCAUCAUGGGCCUCCAAAACGACAUCCUAGGCUGGGAAAAAGACUUCACCCUCUCCAACCCGCUCAACGCCAUCCAAAUUCUCAUCCUGCACGGCGCCAGCCCCACCACCGCCUUCGCCGACGUCGUCGAGACGCACAACGAGCUCGUCCGGCAGCUCUUCCACUACGGCGAGCGCGCAUGGAUCGAGUCGCUGACCGCCGGCGACGACAUCGGCGGCCCCGGCACCUACACGUACGGCGCGACGGUGCGCUCGAAUCGCAGCAGCAUUGCGAGCUUCAUGGCGGCGCCGAGACAGAGGCUGAUGCCCGAUGAGGACGUGCAGAGGUAUCUGGAGCUCAUCAUGGGCUUUGCGAAUGGCAUGGCGAGCUGGAUGGCGGUGAGUAAGCGGUAUGCGGUCUCGGCCUGA